CAAGAAGACGCUGUGUCGUCAUUUCCUUCAAAUAUUCAACAUGGAGUGCGGUCUGAAGCUGAAUUUCUGGGAGGACGGGCCGAAGCCCGGACAAUUUUACUCUUUUCCCGGCGGCAACAGUAGCAGCAGCGGACCGGGGACAGCAUGCGGGCCGGUCAGACACACACUUAACCCGAUGGUGACCGGGACGUCGGUGCUCGGUGUGAAGUUCACCGGCGGCGUCAUCAUCGCCGCGGACAUGUUGGGCUCGUACGGCUCUCUGGCUCGAUUCAGGAACAUCUCCCGACUCAUGAAGGUGAACAACAACACCAUCCUGGGAGCUUCAGGAGACUACGCUGACUACCAGUAUCUCAAACAGGUCAUCGAGCAGAUGGUUAUCGAUGAGGAGCUGCUGGGCGACGGCCACAGCUACAGUCCGAAGGCGGUCCACUCCUGGCUGACCAGAGUGAUGUACAACCGCCGCAGCAGAAUGAAUCCUCUGUGGAACACCGUGGUGAUCGGAGGUUUCUACAACGGAGAGAGUUUCCUCGGUUACGUGGACAAGCUGGGCGUGGCCUAUGAGGCUCCCACAGUGGCCACUGGCUUCGGAGCCUACCUGGCUCAGCCUCUGAUGAGGGAGGUGGUGGAGAACAAGGUGGAGAUCACCAAGCAGGAGGCUCGGGAUCUGGUGGAGCGCUGCCUCAAAGUGCUUUACUACAGAGACGCUCGCUCCUACAACAGGCAUGAAAUCGCCAUAGUAACAGAGGAGGGUGUGGAGAUCAUCGGUCCUCUGUCUUCUGAAACCAAUUGGGACAUUGCUCACAUGGUCAGUGGGUUUGAAUGAAGAUGAGCUGCGACUGACGAAGCUGCGCCAAAAAACAACGACCGCUCACACGCAACUUAGCUAUUCCAGUUUAGGUUUUUUCUGAUGUUCAGUGUAUCUUUUGUAUAAUGGAAAAUAAAUGUCAUAAAUCCUAAAAA